AUGCAGGUCGGUGGUGUUGAGGGCACGGCGGACGACGACGACGACUUCACCUACACCGAGGACGCGUCGGGGGCGCAGACGAAAGUCGCGGUGGAAAAAGAAUUCGUCUUCAAGGUGGUGGUGUUGGGGGACUACAGCGUCGGCAAGACCUGCCUCAUCAAACGCAUGCUGGCCGUGCACUCGCUAGCACCGUCUACGCCGCCGUACGAGGAUUCCGAGUACGCGGAGAGCAGCGAUGACGAUGACCACCUCGGUGCCGUCACCCCCACCGUGGGGACGGACUUCUACUCCCUCGCCCUCCCCCAUGUGCUCCCCGGCAUCUCCCUCCGACUGCAGCUGUGGGACACUGCGGGUCUGACAAAGUACGCCGCGAAGUACGAGAACACCUUCCGCAACGCCUCCUUCGUCGUGUGCGUCUUUGACGUCACGAGUGCGAGCAGCCUGCACGACGUGGUGGACCGGCACCUGUCGAUCGCAGCGGAGCACAUCCCGGAGCUGGACCAGAGCAACAUCAUGGUCGUGGCAAACAAAAUCGACGUGCUGCACGACAUGGAGGACAACACGGCGGCGCUGCGGGACGCGCGAAAGCGGGCCCGAUCCCCCGAGAUGGCCUUCGCCGCGGGCAGCGAGGACGAUGACACGGCCACGAACACGGAGUUUUACACGGCGGUCGACGGCAUCGACAGGGACGCGAUUGUGACGGCCAAGAAGGUGCAGGCGGAGGUGUUUGACCUCUUCAGCGAGGUGCACUACGCGGAGGUGAGCGCCAAGACGCGGCAGAAUGUGCGGUCGAUGCUGCAGACGCUCGCCUUCGCCCUGCUGCGCAACACGCCAGAGGCGAGCGAGAGGGCGGACGUCCCGGUGAUGCCCUCCACCUACGACGUCUUUGCGCGCACGGUGCUGCCGAUGCAGAGACCUGGGAGCUCGCCCACCCGCAAGGGUGCACCACUCACGGCGGAUGCACCGAUCACCGCUGCCGGCCUACCACCACCCGCACUAGCACCUCCACCACCACCACCGCCACCACCAAUGCAACCGGCCGCCAGCUGGCGUACUACCGGGGCUUUUCAGUUUGACAUGGCCGCCUCGCAGCUGGCCUCCACCGCCGUCUUCACUCCGAUUGAAGGGCCAGACGAGCCACACGCCCGCAGCGGCGGCAGCCUACGCAAUUCUAUUCGCUCGCCGGAUAUCCCCUCGCCGGGUGCGGCCACAGUGGCAGCCCCGCCAUCCGUAUCAAACUCUUCCAUCUCCGCGCUGAGGUUGGACGAGGUGCAGGUGGAGGUGAGCGCGAGGAGGAAGACGGCGCGGGCCGCCCCGCCGGACCCGAACGAAACCCCGCAAGCUCGAAAAGCGCGCGAGCAGGCGGAGAUGAACGCGUUGUUGGGCCGUGCCGGUCAGCGGAAGGGCGGGCAGCCGAGUGGGGCCGCAGCGGUGACGACGGUGGCGUCGGAUGCGCUGCGGAACGAUGCGGACAAAAUGGAAGAUGACGUGGCGUCGGGGCGUGAGCGGGUCAACGACAACGCGGCGCGUCAAUCCGCACCGUCUAUCCUGGACUCGUUAGGCAUGCAGGACGACAAGAACAAGGCAGGGGGCCGCGCCGCUGCUGGCGCCGACGACGAUGACGAUGAAGAUGGAGGGCAGAUGCAUGCGCGCUUGAACGAUCGCUUUGCGCAGAUUGAGCAUGACAUUCGACAAGACAACGCCGUGGCAAAGGAACGGGCCAAGAAGGAGAAAAAGACAAAGGGGAAGUGCAAGUGUGUUCUCAUGUAA